AAGGUACUCUCUCUUAAAUCUGCAUAUUUGUUGAUUAUUUAUGCUUAUUCUUCCGAUAUUUAAUCAUAAUUUGUGACGAAUCGCUACUCUUAUCAUACCAUUGAAGAAGUUGGACACUUGAACGCGUUGUUAAUCUCACUGUGAAAGAUGAAGUUUAAAGCCUUUCUUACUGACCAUGGUGUUAACCUCUUAGAGAAACGAUUUCUUCCAGCCCUAGACAAAAUGGGGAAAACCUGCCACCUGUACCUAACCCGAGACCACGCGAUCUUCCUCCACAAUCUUCUCAACGGUGACGGAAUCCAAUCCAUCGCUCAGUUCCAAAAAGAAGCCCUCUUUGAAGAUUACCGAAUCUCCAGCCAAAACGAUGACCGUAUCGCCUUCACAAUCGACCUCUCACUUCUCCAACGAGCCCUGCACAGCGUUCUCACGAUCUACACUGAGUUCGGCGGCUCCAUUGGCGGUGAUGCCACCGCCAACCGCCUCCAGAUCAAGCUGGUGAAGAAAACCCCGCCUCAUUCAAACCAACCGAUGCCGUUUCUAACUUUCGAAACCAAAGGGUAUAAGUCUGCUGUUAUUCAAGACGUCCCGAUCUCGAAACCGCUGUCGAGGACAGACGUUCUUGAACUCCAGUCAGCAUUAGACAUGGCUCAAGACUUACCGCAAACGCUAGUCCAAGUUCCGGACAUGAACCAGUUACAGUCGUUUGUGGACCGUAUGAAACACGUUGGUGAUGUUUUAAACGUUUCGAUAACCAAAUACGGUGACUUGCAUUUACAAAUCUCGACUAGUUUGAUCACGCUUGGGGCCGAGUUUAGGAAACUGAAGGUGAUAGGGGAGCAGGCGCGGGUCCCGCCUGGUGACGAGAAUUUGACUGCGCAGACUCGAACGCGAAGGGCGAUUGAUAAAGGGGAUGCGAUGAGUGUGCAAGUUAGCGUGAAGCAUUUCUUUAAGUCGAUUCAGUGUCAUUUAGCAAAACCGGAUUGUGCUUUUUAUGGGAUUGCUCAACAGGGUUCUUGCUUGACUGUGGUGUUUCAGUUUUUCAUUCCGGGUACGCGCCAAACUGAUAAAUCGAUUAGUCUGCAUUGCCGCCUUCCUGUUCUUGUUGAUUCGGGUACCAACUGAAGUUAAAUGAAGAUUGAAACACAGGUUAUGUUUAUUAUGUUUUCUCAUCAUGAAGUGUAGACUAACAAGUGAAUAGAGUUGAAAUGUUUUAUUCUUGAUAUGGCUGAUAGGUGCUUUCAUUGUUGAUUUAGUU